CCUGCGCCCGCUGCCGUCGCCCGCGCGGCCCGACUCGGGGCGCUCCCGGCCCCCGGGGGGCCAGGGACUGGGGUGGGGGGCCGGGGAGGGGCCUGGGUGCCCCUUGCCUGCCGGUGCGGCGCGCGCCGCGGCCAUGCGCCCCUGGCCGUGACCCUCACCCCCCCGGGGAGGGGCUGGGGUCCCGGCUCCGAGCCCCCGCCCUGCCCGGCUCCGACCUCCUGCCCAGCCCGCGGCGGCGCGGGCCUCGGGGGCCGCUGCUCCGGCUGCGCGCUCCCCAGCGCCAGGCUCUGGAAGGACCCGGCGGCGGCGGCCGCUGCAGCCCAUGGCCCGGAGGUACGAUGAGCUGCCCCACUACCCACACAUCCCAGAUGGCUUCCCGGAGGUGGCGUCCUCAGCAGCCAGGCCUCCCGGGCCAUUUGGCCCCCACGGGCACCCCCGGCUCCUGUCCCCAGGCCUGGACAGCACCAACCUGAAGAGGGACAAAGACGAGAUCUAUGGACACCCACUCUUCCCGCUGCUGGCCCUGGUCUUUGAGAAAUGUGAACUGGCUACGUGCUCACCUCGCCACGGGACGGUCUCAGGACCAGGCACCCCCCCAGGCAGCGACAGCGACGUCUGCUCCUCCGGCUCCUUCAACGAGGACAUCGCUGCCUUCGCCAAGCAGGUCCGCUCCGAGAGGCCUAUCUUCUCCUCCAACCCGGAGCUGGACAACCUGAUGAUCCAGGCCAUCCAAGUGCUGAGGUUCCACCUGCUGGAGCUGGAGAAGGUCCACGACCUGUGCGACAACUUCUGUCACCGCUACAUCACCUGCCUCAAGGGGAAGAUGCCCAUCGACUUGGUCAUCGAGGAUCGGGACAGCGGCUACAGGGACGAGCUGGAGGACUACCCGACCCCCUGCCCCAGCCUCUCAGAGCAGACAAACGCUUGGAUCCAGGACCCAGAGGACGGUGGGUCUGAGCAGCUGGGGACCCCGGGGCCGUCCAGCGGGGGCCUGGCCUCCCACAGUGGGGACACGUGCAGUGAGCAAGGGGAUGGGCUGGACACCAGCGUGGCCUCUCCCAGCUCGGGGGGCGAGGAGGAGGAGCUGGACCAGGAGCGGCGGCGCAGCAAGAAGCGUGGCAUCUUCCCCAAGGUGGCCACCAACAUCAUGAGGGCCUGGCUGUUCCAGCACCUGGCGCACCCCUACCCCUCGGAGGAGCAGAAGAAACAGCUGGCGCAGGACACGGGACUCACCAUCCUGCAGGUCAACAAUUGGUUCAUUAAUGCCCGCAGGCGCAUCGUCCAGCCCAUGAUUGACCAAUCCAACCGCACAGGGCAGUGCACGGCCUUCAGUCCCGAGGGCCAGUCUCUGGCGGGCCUCACAGAGACGCGGCAGCCAGCGACGGUGCGACCAGGGUCUACAGGGGUGAAUUUGAACAUGGAAGGAGAGUGGCACUACCUCUAGUGCGGGACUCAGGAAAGGGGCUCCCUGGCUGUGCGUUCUCACUCUGUCCUCCCUCCGCCCCGUCUCCUUCUUGGCUUCCCAGCCUCCUCGCUCCGCCUCCCUCUGGAUGACUGCAUCUGCACUGAGUGGCUGACGUGGGGCCGGACCCCCCCCCCCAACACCUCUGGACCUGGCCCCUCCUCCCUU